UAUAAUGGUACAUUUAUUUAAAUAAUUUUGAUUACAUACGUACAUGUAAUGAUAACGUUAUAAUUAUAAUGGAAUUAAAAUAUUUACUUACCAAAAAAAAAAUUUUAUUUUUUUACUUGCAUAAAUCUUGAAAUAACACAUUACGAUAUAAAAAAAUAAAAUAUGAUAUUGCGCUUUAAGCAGCAAAUUUUGAUAGUUUUAAUAAUAGGGUGUGUUUAUAAUCACUGAUUUAUUUAAUAUAAUAUAAAUAAACAAUUUUAAUUAUCAUGAAGUAAUGUUGAAUUUAUCUGAUUGAUGAUAAAGCCAGUGGAUCAACAAGUACCACUUGAGUUGUUUGGCUGUUAUUGUCAACAGAGUUUAUUGACCAGUAUGGAAUUCAUAAAAUAACAUGAUAAGAUUGUCAAGUACUUGAAAAAAGUAUAAAAUUCAUAUUGAAGAAAAAGUAGAAGCAUUAGUCAAUGUGUUGCUAACUGUUGAACUAUUCUCAUUACACUUGUUGUUAUAAUAAUUAUCAUAUUUAAAAUGAUAGGACAUAUAUCUCUAUUAUUUUUAAUCUUGUUAAUACAAACAAAUGCUGAUAAAUUUUUAAAUAAUAAUAUUGAUGAUAAUUUAGGCUUGAUUAAUAAUAAAUUAUCAUCAUUUGAACCAAAAUGGAGUAGUCUUGAUAAUCGUCAAUUACCAAGCUGGUAUGAUGAAGCUAAAAUUGGAAUUUUUAUACACUGGGGUGUUUAUAGUGUACCAAGUUUUGGAUCAGAAUGGUUUUGGAUAAAUUGGAAAACUGAAAAUACAACAACAAAAUAUCAUGAUUUUAUGAAAGAAAGAUAUCCACCAAAAUUUACAUAUCAAGAUUUUGCACGUGAUUUUACUGCUGAAUUUUUUAAUGCAACACAAUGGGCUGAUAUAUUUGAUGCUGCUGGUGCUAAAUAUAUUGUUUUAACAAGUAAACAUCAUGAAGGAUAUACACUUUGGCCUUCCAGCUAUUCUUACAGUUGGAAUUCUGUUGAUGUUGGUCCAAAUAGAGAUUUAAUUGGUGAAUUAUCUGUAGCUAUACGUAAAAAAAAACAUAUUAAAUUUGGUUUAUAUCAUUCGUUAUUUGAAUGGUUUCAUCCUUUAUAUUUAUCAGAUAAAAAAAAUAAUUUUACAACAAAUACAUUUGUAACAUCAAAAAUACAACCAGAAAUGCGUGAAUUAAUUGAAAAAUAUAAACCUGAGGUAUUUUGGUCUGAUGGUGAAUGGGAAGCACCUGAUACAUACUGGAAUUCAAAAGAAUUUUUAGCAUGGUUAUUUAAUGAGAGUCCAGUUAAUGAAACAAUUGUUGUCAAUGAUCGAUGGGGACAAGAUACUUUAUGUCGUCAUGGAAGUUUUUAUACUUGUACUGAUAGAUAUAAUCCAGGACAAUUACAAACUCAUAAAUGGGAAAAUGCCAUGACAAUUGAUAAAAAAUCAUGGGGAUUUAGAAGAAAUGCCAUGUUGGAAGAUUAUUUUUCAACAUCUGAAUUGAUAAAAGAACUUGCUAGUACAGUUAGUUGUGGAGGUAAUUUAUUAAUGAAUGUUGGACCAACAAAAGAUGGUAUAAUUUCACCAAUAUAUGAAGAACGUUUACGUGAUAUGGGAAAAUGGUUAAAAAUAAAUGGUGAAGCAAUUUAUAAAACUAUACCUUGGCAUACACAAAAUGAUACAAUAACUGGUGAUGUUUGGUAUACUGUUGGACAAGACAGAAGAAAUCUUUAUGGUAUUAUGUUAACAUGGCCAAAAGAUAACCGGCUAAAACUUGGCUCAGUUAGUUUUCUUUUUGAUGCUGAAUUUACAAUACUAGGAAAUGAUAUUAAACUUAAAUGGGAAAAAGCUAAUAAAGGUAUUGUAUUAAUUUUACCAAGUGAAGCUCAUCGUGGACAACCUGGUUGGGUUAUUAAAAUUCAAUUUUCAGGAACAUAUAAAAAUAAAUUUAAUAAUAAAAAAUAUAAUUAAGGAAAAAGUAUCAAAGAAAAAAGUAAAUAAUUUUUUGUUUUUUUUUUUAAUUAUAUCCAGAGUUAAAAUAUGACAAAAAUUUAUUUGU